AUGAACGAUUCUUCAGGAUGGGUGACUGGAAGGAAUGAUAUGAGGGCAGACGAAGUGUGUAUGAUUCCUGUUAUGAGCUUGGAUUGUUUCCAGCAAAAGUUUUUAUUUAUUUUGAUGUUUGUCUUGUUAAAAGAUAUUCUUAGUGCUCUUGCUACUGAAAUACAAGAAGAGUCAUCUACAUUCAAGGCAGUGAAAUGUUGGUUAAAUAUUUUCAAAUGCUCUGUUUAUGGCAGUAUGGUUUCACCAGAUUCUCUGCAAAGGUUUUUUUCUUAUACCUUGACUCAGAUACUUAUUUAUAAUCCUGUUCUAAAAGUGUGUGAUGCCAUUCAAAGGCAGAAGGAUUGGAGCUUUGCAAAAACUUGUCCUUUGCUCACUACCUUAUAUCGAAGACUGUUUGUAAUUUUUAGCCCCAAAGAGCUGAUUGGACACUUGCAAGAAGUCCUGGAAACACAUGAAGUCAACUGGCAGCUUGUGUUGUCUUGUAUAUCUACGCUGGUUGUGUGCUUGGCUGAAGCACAGCAACUUAUUAAAGAUUUGUUGGCCCAUUUGAUGACUAAAGCUUUUGAGAGUUAUGACUUAGAAAGCAUGAUCACUGCAUUCCUGAUAGCUCGACAGGCUGCUUUGGAAGGACCUUAUGUGUUCAUUUCUUAUGCAGAUUGGUUUAAGAUUUCCUUUGGGAAUGUUAGUGGUUACCAUGGCUGCAGUAAGAAAGCUUUAGUUUUCUUAUUCAAGUUUCUUUCAGACCUAGUACCCUUUGAAGCUCCACAGUACAUGAAGAUUCACAUUCUUCACCCACCAUUGGUACCAGUAAAAUACCGGUCUUUGCUUAUGGAAUAUAUCACACUAGCCAAAACUCGAUUGGCUGAUCUCAAGGUUGCUAUAGAAGAUAUGGGACUUUAUGAGGAUUUGUCAUCAACAAGAGAAGCUGUAGAGCCCCACUGCCAGGCAGAACAAGAUGUUGAAAAAGCCAUUCAGGUAUUUGAACACACAGGGAAGAUCCCAGUAACCGUAAUGGAAGCCAGUAUAUUUAGGAAACCCUACUAUGUGUCUCGCUUUCUCCCGGCUCUGCUCAUACCUCGUGUGCUUCCUGAAUCUCCUGAUUCCCGAAUGGUUUUUAUAGAUUCCCUCAGAAGAGCUGAUAAAAUUCCUUCAAAUUUGUAUUCCAACUACCUGCAAGCCUGUUCUGCUGCAGAAGAGAGGCAACUACAAGACCAGGUAGUAAAAAUGGAGACUGCUAAUGCUGGAGAACCACUGGAGCAGUUAAAGGGUGAAUUAGAAGAGCUGAGAAAUUUGAUAAUCGACCCUACCAAUUAUGAAGUUGUUUUUGAGGCAUCAGCAUCUUCUAACCUGCAGGGACGUCUCCUGUUGCUUGCUCAGUUCAGGGGUGAAUGCCUGACUGACAUUCAUGUUUUAGGACUAGCUGUCCUGGCAGUUCACCUAAAUGAGUCAAAGACCUUUGUUCCAGAAUUGGUUCUUGAAACUUCUGCCCAUGCAAAGACUUGCUCAGUUACAGCAUUCUGGGAGAACCUUCUGGCAUAUAGAACAGGGGAAUCUUUUUCUCUUUGCAUAAGAUUUUGUGUUGCAGCAAUUUCUUAUUCUUUGUGCAAAUUUUCCUCCCAUUCACAUGAUGUUUUGUGUAACUGUUUACCUGCAGGCCUCAUUAAAAAGGUACAAUUUGUUGUGCUUCGAAUGUACUUGGAAUCUCGAACAAUUUGUCAAGAAGAUGUGGUGGAUCUCCCUUGGAGGAAUUUGUCUUCUCCUUUUGUGGAUUGGAAGAAAGCUGCCCUCUGUUUGUGGAAGCAAAGAAAGUUCCAAGAACUUUUGAAACAGAGAGAAUAUCAACUAACUUACAAAGAUUGGCUGCUGUUUGAGAUGGAAGUCAAACCUGACAAUGAUAUUCUUUCAGACGCAGAAAGACAGUAUUUUCAUCAUUGGGCUUUGUAUCAACAAUACCUUCCAGAAUCUUCUGUGGCUGGAGGCUGUGAUGGAGAUUUGGAAAAAGCAUGUGCAAUUCUUAUUGAGACAGCAUUGGAUUUCUGCCUGAGAUCCAAUAGUUGUCAUCACUUGGAAAGUUCAGAAUUGUCCCUUUGUGGCAAUAUAGUGAAUCGUGAUGUUCUGUCUAGAUUACAGGAAAUGGUACUGGAACUGGAGCUGGAAAGGUGGAGGAGCUCAAGCACUGGCUCAUCAGAUGAUGAGGGACAUUUCUUAUUCAGAAUUUUUAAAAAAAGAUUACAGGCUUUGGGCAAUGGUUCAACUGUUGGGGAAAGACUCUUAAGGUAUCAGGAGCUGCUUAUGUACAAAAGAAUUCUCAUGAGUCUUCCUCCUUCGAUUCUCAUCAGUACCCACUGGGAAGGAUGGCAAAGGUCUUUGCAUUGCAAAGAUUUCUUUCACUUUGUCAACAAAGAAUUGAAAAACAUCUCUCCUAGAGAAUGUGUCCUGGCCCAUGACAUCACCAUCCACUUCUUCAGGGGGCUUCUGAGUGCCUGUCUAAAUUGCAGAGAGCCAUCCAAAGAAGUUAACUUGAUUCUGACUGCUUGUCAAACCCAAUGUCCAAUAAUCCUGUCCUCUGCAGUGUUAUGGUGGCCAAGACUGGAGCCUGUGGUUCAGUGCCAGUGGAAAAGAUACUUCCAGAUUGCGUUGCCCCAGGAGUUAGCAAACAUAGCCACGUGCCGAGAGCUUGCCAGGACCUUUGUAUCCACUGAAGCAGUGCUUUCCUCCAACUCUUGCAAUCCCUGGAUUUCUGCUGCUUCUCUGUAUUUCAUCAUUCAUCAGCAAGCAGCCCAAGAAAUCAUGAAAACAACUCUGAAGAAUUUGGAAUGUGAAAGAGAGGAGCUGUUGGUCCCUCUUUUCUUCUUUUCCCUUAUGAGCCUUCUCUCAUCAUAUCUGGCACCAAAUGAUGCAAUGAGCUCCCUGAAAUCUUUAGAUAUUUGUGCAGAAGUCCUUGGAUGCUUGGAGAAAAGAAAACUAUCCUGGUUGGUUCUCUUUCAGUUGACAAAGAAGGAAAAUAUAUCAAAUGGAAGGUAUCAAAUUCUUUUACAUUUGGCCCCAGAGCAGUACAUCAGGAUGCUGCCUUUCGCCUUCUAUAGCCUUGUCGCUUACUUUGAUGAAGAUCUCUUUAACAGAGAGCAAGCCUUUCUGUAUGUUGCUGUUGACAUGUACCUGAAGUUAGUCCAGCUUUUUGUAGCAGGAGAGACUAGUGCAAUUUCAGCCAAAGCUGGCUUCAGCCAAGAGCACUGCAAGCAGGUGGAUCCUUUAGGACUGAUAACAAAAGCUCGUCUAUCUUUGCUGUGUUGGAUACCACAGUGUCCAAAGAGAAGCUUUUCAGGCAUAACGGAGCUCUUGGCUACCUGUGAAGAGUUUGAUGCAGAGGUGAAAGCUGCCCUCCUGAGUAACCAGCAGUCCCCUGAAGAUGCUGACUUGUACAGUGAACCUCUUCUCUUCUGAAUGGUUUGUGCUGUGGGUGCCUUGUCCUAAGGAUGACUUUUGUUGAUACAAUUUGGCUAUAGUUCCUGAGCAG